GGCGAAGGACGCGGUGGAGGCAGGGGCGGUUUCCAGCAACGGGACAUGGGCCCUCCUGACCAGGUUUUUGAGAUGGGCUCCUUCGUGCACGCAGUCGAAGACGAGAUGUUCUGCCAGUCCCUCAUGCCCGACAAGGUCCCCUACUUCAACGCACCCAUUUACCUCCAGAACAAGUCCGUCAUCGGCCGUGUGGAUGAGAUCCUUGGACCCAUCAACGAAGUCUAUUUCACCGUCAAGAUGGGCGAGGGCAUGGUCGCAAAUUCUUUCAAGAAAGGCGACAAGGUCUUCAUCGGCGGCGACAAGCUCCUCCCCAUCGAGCGCUUUUUGCCCAAGCCCAAAGUCGCCGCUUUUGGUGGAAGAGGUCGCGGCGCUCCUGGUGGCUUCCGCGGCAGGGGAGCACCACGCGGAGGAGGACGGGGUGCGCCCCGAGGGGGAGGCUUCGGCAGCUGGGGCGGCGGUGGUGGGCGCGGAGCUCCAAGGGGUCGUGGGUUUGGCGGUGGAGGACGUGGUGGUGGUUUCCGCGGUCGGGGGUCAUAA